AUGCCGCAGCAGAUGUACUCCACGUUGCUCAUGACCAUCGAGUGCCAAGACCUCAAGAACAAGGACUUGUUCUCAAAGUCAGAUCCCGUGUGCGUGAUGGAGAGAAAGAACUCCAAGCAAGAGUGGGUUGAGGUUGGCCGAACAGAAGUGAUUCAGAACAAUUUGAAUCCCAAAUUUUCAACCAAAAUCCAGAUGGUCUAUGUCUUUGAGACCGUACAGCUGAUCAGAUUUUCGUUAUACGACGUGGAUUCAGCAGACAAAACGUUAUCCGAUGCUGAUUCUCUUGGAUUUCUUGAGACCACAGUGGGAAGGAUUGUGGGAUCAGUGGGGUCAUGUUUUGUUGGCUCUCUGCAAGAUCCCAAAGGAAAGGCGAACUCCAAUCAUGGCACGAUCAAAAUCCUUGCGGAAGAAGCUAAGGCACAGAAUGACUCCCUCAGAUUUGUUGUAAGUGGAGCUGGGUUGAAAACAAAAGACUGGGUUGGAAAAGGUGACCACUACAUCAAAAUCCGGAGGCGGCGCCAAGAUCGUGAGCUUGAAGAUGUCUUUAGUACUGAAGUCGUGAAGGAUAACAAGGAUCCGACCUUCAAGCCGAUAGAAAUUCCUAUGCAAAUAUUGAACUUAGGCAAGUUUGAUACUCCACUGGUCUUUGAAGUUUGGGAUUGGAAUGCAAGGUCAAACCAUGACUUCCUGGGACAAAUCACCACCUCGACAGUGGAACUUCUCCAGAAGAGUGGACCGAUCUCGUUUCCUGUGACAAAAGGAGACAAAGCGGAUGGCAAGGACAGGGGACUACUUACUUUCUCUCACAUUCAGGUUCACCACACGCCAUCUUUCUUCGAUUACAUUUGUGGAGGUUGUCGACUGGAAGUUAUGAUUGCCAUCGAUUUUACCAUGUCCAAUGGAAACCCGCUUACCCCUGGUUCUCUGCAUUACAAUGAUGCCAAGACUCUCAAUCCGUAUGAACGAGCUAUCUCAUCGGUCGGCAAAAUCCUCGAGGAAUACAGCACCAGCAACAAGUACGCCACCUAUGGGUUCGGCGCACAGAUGGACGACGGCAAUGUGUCGUACUGCUUCCCAUUGAAUGGAAACCAGGCUGACCCCCAGGUGAAUGGCAUUGGAGGGGUUUUGCAAACGUACAAGAAGUACUUGCAGAAAGCGAAGAUGAGUGGGCCGACAAAUUUUGCAGACAUCAUAAACGAAGCCAACAAGGCUUGCAGAAAGGUCAGAGAUGGAGCGCAGGAAUAUUACGUGCUCUUGAUUCUAACGGAUGGCGGCAUCAGCGAUAUGGAUAACACCAUCGAUCAAAUCGUCGAAGGGAGCGAUCUUCCUCUUUCUGUCCUCAUCGUCGGAGUGGGCAAUGAAGAUUUCAGCAGCAUGGAGGAACUAGAUGCAGACAAGAAAGCCCUGGUCUCCAUGAAGACCGACAAGACAGCCUCACGAGACAUCGUACAAUUUGUUGCCUUGCGCGAAGUUGCAGACAAUUCAGCAGAGCUGGCGAAGAGAGUCCUUCAAGAGAUCCCGACGCAGCUGACCAGCUACAUGUUGAGCAAGAAUCUCCAGCCACACCCACGUCCUGCGGUUGACGUCAGCCAGGCUGAGAAGCAACUGCAAAAAAUGGAUCUCCUUCAUCCACCUCCAGCAUAUCUUCCUCCGGGUUGGGAGGAAAAGAUUGACAAGGCAGCCAACAAAACUUACUAUGUGAAUCAUGAUCUCAAGAUAACUCAAUGGGAACGACCAACUUAAGUACCAAACUUGAAAAUA